AUUCAAAGCUGACGUUACUUUGAUUAGUCACGGACUGCAAUGGCACUGACUUCUGCUGCUGGACUUGUUUCUCUUUUGGACGACAAGGGUUCUGAUGUCAAAGCAUUUGCUCUAAAACGUCUCUAUGAUAUGGUUGACGAGUUUUGGGCUGAAAUCUCAGAAGCAGUAAUGAAAAUUGAAAUACUUCAUGAAGACUCUAAUUUUGAAUAUAACAAACUUGCUGCUUUACUUGUGUCCAAAGUUUAUUAUCAUCUAGCUGUCUAUGAUGAUGCACUUCACUAUGCUUUAUGUGCUGAAGAGCUUUUCGAUCUAAAUGCGAAUACCGAAUUUGUGGAAACCAUUAUUGCUAAAUGUAUUGAUAAGUAUACCGCUCUUCGAACUGCUCAAGAUCAGCUUGUGGAUUCGUCCGGUUCCGUUGUAACAGAAUAUUCAGACGACAGUACUUGGUCUGUUACUAGUCCAACAUACAAAAGAUUAGAACACGUUGUCAACAAAAUGUUUGACCGUUGCUUUGAUCACAAACAGUAUAAACAAGCCCUGGGAAUAGCUAUUGAAACCCGAAGGUUGGACAUAUUUGAGAAGGCGAUAAUUUUGUCGGAUGAUCAAGAGGGCAUGCUUCGUUAUGCUUUUCGUGUUGUGCUCACUUUAAUCGACAGUGUACGCUUGAGAAACCGUCUUCUUAAAAUCUUAGUUUCUGUGUAUAUGAACCGAGCUCUUCCCUCAGAUGCUGUAAAUGUUUGUCAAUGCUUAGUACUAAUGGAUGACCCACAGGCCACAGCAGAUACUCUGGAACACUUGUUACUACAAUCACAAGAGGCAGCCGUAACGGCAUAUCAAAUAGGUUUUGAUUUGUAUGAAAAUGCAACCCAAAACUUUCUUCAACGUGUUUCAGCCUCUCUUGCCCGGAGCUCAAAAUUGAGUCAUGUAAUGAGCUUAAUUGAACGUGAUAAAAACGCUGCAAAAAGUUCAAAAACGCCGGAGGGUUCAGCUUGUACCACCGUUGAAACUACAGACGGCGAUAAAAAUAAAUCAGACAACAAGGAAGCAGAAGAAGCAGUAGAAACUGCAUUAGCUAGUGAAACAAACAAAGAGGCUGAGAUACCUGCAGAUGAACCGCUGUCAGAAUUAGAUAAAGAAAUUAAAAAUCGUCUUAUGCACUUGGUCAGUAUUUUAUCAGGAGAUAAAGUAAUUGAAUUGCACCUCCAAUUUUUGAUACGAAAUAACAAAGCUGACCUUCGACUACUUGAACGCAUACGUGAUGAGGUACGACAUUCGGUGACGCAUAAUGCUACAGUUAUUGCAAAUGGUAUUAUGCAUUGUGGAACAACAUCAGAUCAGUUUUUAAGGGAUCAUUUAAAUUGGUUAGGAAAAGCUGUAAAUUGGGCUAAAUUUACUGCUACUGCUACCCUUGGGGUUAUACACAAAGGUCAUGAAAAAGAGGCUUUACGUCUUAUGUCUGCCUAUUUGCCCAAAGAUGCAAGCGGUUCAUCCGGUUCUGUGUACACUGAAGGUGGUGGUUUGUUUGCUCUAGGUUUGAUUCAUGCUAAUCAUGGUGGAACGAUGACAGAAUAUUUGCUCAAUCAAUGCAAGGAGGCUACUGCAGAACCUGUCAGGCAUGGUGCAUGUUUAGGCCUUGGUUUAGCUGCUAUGGGGACCGGUAGAGAGGACGUGUAUGAUCAAAUUAAACUUAAUCUUUAUCAAGAUGAUGCAAUUACAGGUGAAGCAGCGGGUAUUGGUAUUGGUCUAGUCAUGUUAGGAACUGGGUCAACACGGGCUAUUGAAGAUCUACUUGGUUAUGCUAAAGAAACAGCACAUGAGAAGAUUAUACGUGGCGUUGCUUUAGGCAUUGCACUUGUCAUGUACGGUCGAGUUGAAGAAGCUGAUGAACUUAUUGACAAUCUGAUUAUUGAUAAUGAUCCCAUUUUACGUUGGUCUGGUAUGGCAACAAUUGCAAUGGCUUACUGUGGGACUGGUAAUAAUCAGGCAGUGAAACGUUUACUCCACGCUGCAGUCAGUGACACCAAUGAUGACGUUCGACGAUGGGCUGUUACAGCUCUUGGUUUCGUUCUAUUCAAAAAUCCUGAGCAGGUCCCAUCACUGGUGUCCUUACUCGUUGAAUCCUACCAUCCUCAUUUGCGCUAUGGUGCUGCUAUGGCAGUAGGAAUAGCCUGCGCGGGAACAGCCCUUAAAGAAGCUGUUAAUUUAUUAGAAACUUUACAUGAAGGGACAGUGCCAUUUGUUCGUCAAGGUGCCUUAAUUGCUAGUGCAAUGGUAUUAAUUCAGCAGAAUGCGGUUACCUCCCCAAAGUCUGUAGAUUUCCGUCAGAAAUUGUUGAAAAUUAUUGGGGAUCGUCAUGAAGAUUUAUUGGCCAAAUUCGGUGCUAUCAUAGCAUGUGGCAUUUUAGAUGCUGGUGGAUGUAAUAUGACUAUUUCAUUGCAAACACGUACGGGCAAUGCAAACAUGGCAGCGGCUGUCGGUCUUUUAAUCUUUCAGAAUUUCUGGUUUUGGCAUCCAUUAACCAAUUUUAUCAGCUUAGCAUUUACACCAACUGCAUUAAUAGCAUUGAAUAAAGAUUUGAAUAUGCCAAAGAUACAGUUUCGUUCAAAUGCUAAACCGUCGACUUUUGCCUAUCCUCAACCAUUGCAACAGGAAAAAGAAAAGAAACGUGAAAAAGUAGAGACAGCUAUUUUAAGUAUCACAGCUAAACAACGUAAAAAGGAGGCUGAUAGAAAACAACACAAAGAACAACAACAGUCGACAACCACCGGUGGAGCACAAACUCGCAAAGAUUCUCAAACUAAAGAAGUUAAGAUGGAUAUGUAAGAUUUUAUUGCAUUAAUGAUUUUGACAAUAUUCUCAGUUCAUUAUCAUAGAUAAAUCAAUCCUGGAAAAGUCUUUUCUUCCAACUGAUAACAUUUGAAUGGCUUUAAUGGUGAUAUGUGGUAGUAGUAUUUUUUCUGCACAAACUUAAUUACUUAUUGUUUACCCAAUAAUUUUUAGUGACAAAUUACCACAACCAAAAACAAACCACAUUCGUAGAUAUUUCAACGAUUAAAAUUAAGUAGUUCUGUCGUUUCAUAGGGCAAUUUAAUUCUAAUUUAUUAAAUAAAAGUAAUCAAAGUUUAUUAUUUGAAUAUAGGUUUCGUUACGAACUGACAUCAGAUGAAAAACCAACUUUCAUAAUACAAUUUAUUGUAUUCAACCUCAUUGUAAAUAUAUUUCCUUUUGCUUUAUGGGAGUACAUUUAAUUAAGGAAUGAUACAUUUCAGGCAACGGGCUACUUAUCAUUAUUAUUGAACUCAAAAUCAAUUGUUUACACAAAUACUUAUGUUAAUGUUUCUAAAGUUUUAAUCUAUUAGUCGUCGGUUGAUCAGUAAUUUAAAUAUUCAAGUUAAUUUAACUGUUCUGUUUUAAAACAGAGAUACUCCACUAGAAACUGUCAAAGAAGAAAAACCUUCAGCAUCAUCAACUGAAACAAAAGAAGAGAAAGAACCGAAUUUUAGUCUACUAAAUAACCCAGCUAGAGUAAUGCGUUCACAACAAAGAUACGUGACCCUUCCUGAAUCAUCUCGUUAUGUAACUUUAAAACCAAUCAGUCAGGGUGGAAUACUGAUGGUGCAAGAUAAGAGUCCUCAAGAUGCAGAAGUUCUAGUUGAAAAUGUACUUGGACAUGGCCCUACCUUAGAACGAUCAGGAGGCGGUGGAGGAACUGGGUCGUCUAGUGGUACAAGUAGCUCUGAUCUUGCUGCAGCAUUAGGCUCUGGAUCUAAUUCUAAAACAGAGCUUAUUCAUGCAUCAACCAUUGGAGCUUAUCUUGACGAGGAUGAUGAUGACGAUGAUGAGGAAGAUGAAGAUGACGAUGAAGAUUCUUCUAGUGAUAUGCAUGAAGAAGAUGAAGACGAUGAUGAAGAAGAGUUUGAUGUAGCUGCAGCCACUGUUUCGACUGUUGAAAUCGAAGAGUCUGACGAUCACACUUCUAAAGGAGAUAUAGAAAUGAGUGAAAGUAGUACAGAGGUGAAACGCGACAAAAGUCGUGGAUCUACUUCAAGCCGUCGUGGCAGCAAAUCACAUGUAUCAAGCCUUGAACCGAAUCCACCAGAACCGUUUCUAUACAUAGAAGAAGGUACAACAUCGCAAACAACAACAUCUAGUAUUGCGGGUAGCAGUAGUACUAGUAGUAAAUCAGACUCCACUGUAGCUACAGACACCUCUUCUACUAAUGCUAAACAGUCACCUCCAACUUCGUCCUCCGAACCAAUGGAUGUUAUAUUGGAAACUGAUAAAGAAGCAGAAAAGAAAUCAGAUUCUGAAUUGGAUAGCAAGUCAAAAGACAAUAAUGACAAAUAAAUCGAUAAUUGGUUUCAACUUUAUGUUCAGUGCCAUGCAAACUCUUUUUCUUUGUUUUGUUACAUUCUCUGGUAUUACACUUCUGUGCGCAUGGAAAAUUCGAAUGUAUUUUUCUUUACUUGUUCAUUUUUGACUCACUGAAUGUGUCUAUUUUUUGUCUGAAAACUGAUGUAUAAAUGUAUCAGUUUCGUUUCUCCCAAUGAGAAAGAAAUAUGUACCGACGUUUCAAAAGUGUUAACUUAAUCUGUAUAGAAGCUUG